UAGGAUUCCCGAAAUAGCCCCUGCCCUCCAGGGCCUCUAGACCUCAGUGACCGUCGCCAAGCUGCCGUCUCCCCCCUCCGUGCCUUUGCCUGAGCCGUCCCCCCACACCUGACCUGCGCCUCUCAGAAUCCUUCCCCAGCUUCCUUCGGCGCCCCCUUCCCAGCCACCAUCUCCUCCUGCUCACAUUCCCUGCCUGUUGGCCGUGGCUCCUCCCUGGUAGAACGAAAGCUCCUCGAGGAUGGCUCAGCGCAUGGUCCUCAGGAGAUUCCUGGCCCCUAUUUUGUCCAGGAGGCUCCCUCAGUGUCGCUGGGCACCUCUCCCUCCUGAGAUUCUAGCCCAGGGCGGCUCUGGUAGACCAGCCGCUGCACCCAGUGUGGCCCGGACAUUCUUCACCACCAAGAUCUCAAAGGUCACAUUUAACGUCCAGGAUGGGCCCGACUUUCAGGACAGAGUUGUCAACAGUGAGACGCCGGUAGUUGUGGAUUUCCAUGCGCAGUGGUGUGGCCCUUGCAAGAUCUUGGGGCCCCGGUUAGAGAAAAUGGUGGCAAAGCAGGAGGGGAAGGUGCUGAUGGCCAAGGUGGACAUUGACGACAACACAGACCUCGCCAUUGAGUAUGAGGUUUCUGCUGUGCCUACUGUGCUGGCCAUCAAGAAUGGGGACGUGGUGGACAAGUUUGUGGGCAUCAAAGAUGAAGACCAGCUAGAGGCUUUCCUCAAGAAGCUAAUAGGCUGCUGAGCUGGGCCUGCUUUUGUUUCCCCCUGGGGCCCUCCUAGAAGAACUCUAGUCCUUUCCAGUCCCCACCCGUCUAGCCCCCAUUGGCCCAUCCUGUGUCUUUCUGGGGAAGGUUUCAUCAUCUCCAAACUUGGGAACAAGGAGCAUUUCUCAGUUACCUGACGGCAGAGGACUGGUCCUUAGGGAAGUGGAGCUGCUGCUGACCGUGGGAGGGAAAGCUGGGGAUGGGAGCUUGGAGUGUUCUCGCCCUCCCAUGCUUAAUUCCUACCCCCCUCCUCCUGUCCCCACCGCCAAACCCACCCUAACCUAGGCCCCAAUUGUGACCAUCUCCAGAGGAGAUGGGAGAGGAACCUGUUUCAGCAGGACUGCUUAAUGGUGGGGUCUCCCUGUUUUGACUGUGAAAUUUUUAUCUUUUGUCUUCUGGUACCUGUGCUUUAUCACAGAGGCUCUAUGAUCCUGUGCCUGACCUAUUGCCACAUUUUCUCCUCUGAUGCUGUUUUGUAAAAGAAAAGAGAGUUACACAUACAUAUGGAUAUGUAUGUAAAAUUCUCUCGUUUUUUGUAGGUCUGUAAUAAAGAGAGCUUUACUGAUCACUUCUACCUCCUGCUAUGAAGUACAGACCCCAUGGUACACCCUGAAAUUCCCUAGUAACCACCACCAUCUAUGAGAUACUUCCCUCGCUCCCCCUCUGCUUUCCAGCUGCAAGGGGGUGAGAGCAAGAACGGACCCUGGGAAGGAGGGGAGGAGCUCCUUAAGCUCUUUAGUCUGGUAGAGCCCUAAAGCCCUGCCUCGGCAUCCUCCAGUUGUAUGAGCCAGAGGUUUAACUGAAGAAAUCUAACAAAUAAAACCCGGGCUGAGCAGCAGAAACACCUACCAUCCUUUCUGAGAGAUCCACUUUAAUCCUCUCUUGGGCUGGCCUCUAGUCUUUGUUUGCUUAUCUAGUUGGUUCCCUACCUUGUUUACAAAAAUGUGUACUUUUUCCCUUCCCAACCCUUGGCCUUUUCAUUAAAGCGAGACAAGCCCACCACCCAUGA